UAUUUUCCUGGGUAUAUUUUGCUGACUGGCAAGAUUAUCUGAAAUGCCUUGACUGAAGCACCAUAUUAACUAACAACUCAGGGCACUUUCUUCUCUGUCUCUGAUCAAUUUUUUAGCUAGAGAUAUUUUUUCCCAGUUGAGAAAGAUGUCUAGUCAAGGACUGUUCCUGAUUUUUUCUCUGUUGUUUAUCUGCUUCUUCAGGGAGAGCCUCUGCAUUUGUGAUGGAACAACCUGGACAAAGGUUGGAUGGGAGAUUUUUCCAGAAGAAGUACACUAUCUGAAAGUUAAACUUUCUCCAUCUCACUGUCUCCCUUACCCUCUGGACAAGCUAUGCUGCAACUUUGCUAAUAUGGACAUAUUUCAGGGGUUUUUACAUCUCAUUUAUAUUUUAGUACAAGCUCUCUCUUUAAUCCUAUCUGUUUUGUCUGUGCAUUACCUGUGGAUGAAAUGGAAGAAACAUCAAAAAAAGCUGAAAAAACAAGUCUCCUUAGAUGAGUUUAGUAAUGAUCUAGAAAGCCCAUCCAUCUAUGACAUUGACCAAAUACUCUGCAGACUGGUGGCCACAACAUCAAUGAUGACCAAGUACCUGAAACAGGUGUCUCACCAUCCUUCUUCUAAGAAAAUUAAGCACCGCAAAUUAAAGAGGAAGAAGAGUGAAGAAGGAGCCAGAGGAUACUAAACAUAUGCAUAAGCAAAUGUAGCUCAGUCAAAUAUAGACAUUACAAAAGAAAUCUAUUGAGAGGACUCAUCUAAGGAUAAAAAUGGUUCACUGGAAGCCUUUGUAAUUUUUUUUUUUUUUUUUUUGCCACAAUCUUUACUGAAAUUUUCCAAAGAAGUCUGGGUUGAAACGUUAUUUCUAUUCAACUAAAAAAGAAUCCAUACUUACCAAAGUACUGAGGAAAAGGCUAUACACUAUCACUGCUAUGUGUUUAAGUAUUUUGUUCUUUUUAAUGUGUUAGAUUACUAAUCAUUAACCAAUCUGUAGAAUAGAAGGUUAGUUCAGUGUUUCAAUAAAUCUCUGCUUUAAA